AUGGAAAAUAAUCCUUUAAAUCUGGGUCAAAUUGAUCCUCGACUUCGAGAUGAAUCUAACACAAAUUCGUUUGCGCAACCUCAACAGCACCCACAUUCAGAAGCCCAUCACCAACUUCAUAAUCUAAACACUCAAAUUCCUGCAAGCGGACCUCGAUUAUCUGGUCCAUCACCCACACAGCUUGCACAGCUACAACAGUAUCAUCAACCUACUCACGAUGGAGACCAAUCUCAAAUAUAUAUGCCUCAAACACCCCAGUCAGCGACCCAUACGCCAGACGAUGGACACAUGCUGGGAGACGCGUCGGCCGAUCCAAAGCGAUCAAGAGCUUGCGAAGCUUGUCGAGGAUUGAAAGUUAAAUGCGAACCCGAUAUGAUCAAUUUCGAUGGUCCUUGCAAACGAUGCACCAAAGCUAAUCGGCAAUGCGUCGUUACUGUACCAAGUCGAAAGAGACAGAAGAAAGCAGAUAGCAGGGUUGCUGAGUUGGAGAAGAGGGUGGAAGCUUUAACAGCUACCUUGCAAGCAACGAGAUCGGCAUCCACCCCAACAGUGCAUGGUGUUGAAUCUGGUCUUGAGGAGCAGGGUCAACAGUUUUCAGCAAGACAGAAUCCAUAUGAGCAGGUUACAAAUGGAGGUUUCGCGUCGCCUUACUUAGGCCCUGCUGAAUCGAGAAUGAACUCCAACGACUGGUCCAACUAUCCCAAAGCUUCUCAGCCUGAGAGCCAGGCACUGUCUGCACCCCCGAUGGUCAUGGCAGGUCAGAAGAGGAAGCAUGCUGAGAGCCAAGAUGGUACUCCACCUGACUCUUUCAUGACUACUAAUUUCAUGGGACAGAAGACCCCAGACCCAAAUGCGCACCAAGCAUCAUGGCAUGCGCAACUAAAGCAAACCCCUUCCCACGAAUAUGCAGAUGUGGUAGAUAGAGGAUUGAUAACGUCAGAAAUUGCUACUAAAAUGUUUAAUUGUUAUGUUGAAAGAAUGGCCCCCCAUAUGCCAGCCGUCGUCUUUCCUGCACGUACUACUGCUUCUGAGAUUCGCAAAACAAAGCCAAUUUUAUUCUUAGCUAUAUUGAGCGCUAGCUCGGGCACAAAUUUUCCAGCGCUGCAAAAACAGUUGACGAAGGAAGUGAUGAGUAUCUAUGCGGAUCGCAUCAUUUGCAAUGGCGAGAAGACAUUGGAGCUUAUACAAGCUCUUCUUGUCAGCACUCUCUGGUAUUGGCCACCGGAACAUUUUGAAGAGCUAAAAUUCUAUCAACUUAUUCACAUUGCGGCAGUCAUGGCAAUUGAUAUUGGAAUGGGCAAGAAAGGAAAGAGUGGUAAAACUGAUAAAAUGAAGAGCGCGGGAUUGUGGAGGGAUCAUCCGUGGCGUCGAACACCAUACCCCGACCCCGAAACUGUUGAAGCAAGACGUACGUGGUUGGGUUGCUACUUUUUAUGUUGCAAUGCAUCUAUGGGUUUACGGCGACCAAAUCUCAUUCGUUGGUCCCCGUUCAUGGCAGAAUCUGUUAAAAUACUUCAGAACUCGCCAGACGCAGCACCUACUGAUAACAUGUUAUGUCAAUGGGUUCUGAGUCAGCGGAUUGCUGAGGAAGUUGGAAUAUCAUUUUCCAUGGAUGACCCAAGUGCAAGCAUUAGUAUUGCCGACCCGAAGGUUCAGUAUGCCCUUAAAGGUUUCGAACAAGAGCUUGAUAAAUGGAGCAAGUCCAUACCCCCCGAGGUUCAAACACCAUCUUUAACCUUGACGGAACAUGUCAUCAAUCUUUAUAUGCAUGAAGUCGCUAUGCAUGUCGACCACAACGUCGAAGAGUUCAAGCCGCCAUUCACUGAAGCAGCUUUACAUGGCCCUGCAGAGAGCCCAGAUGUCUUGACCGCUGCUCAUAUUUCUGCUCUUUCCUGUUGUUUGACAUCCAUCGACGGCAUUUUUGAAACUUUCCUGCAAUUUGAAGUUGAUGUCAUUAGAUGUCUCCCUGUUGCGCACUUCGUUAGAGUUGCUUAUGCUGUCGUUGUUCUUAUUAAGAUGUAUUUUGCGGCAGCUAACCCUAAUGGUGAGUUGGGCAAGGUUUUCAUCAAGGACAACAUGAAAGUGGAACACUAUCUCGACGGUCUGGUCGAGGUGUUCCGUGCCUCUGCAGCAGAUGAGAGAUCUCGCCCCGCUGCGAAAUUCUUGAUGGUUCUCAUAAUGUUGAAAACCUGGUUCCAUCGCCAACGAGAGGGGAAAUCGACAUCUGCACAAAAUCUAGAGACCGGCGACUCUACAAAACACACCGGUGACAAUUCUGGAGAAGCUGCGAACCAGGCAGAUCAAAAUGCUCAACAAAUGGGCUCACAACGCAGCGGUAAACCAGGCUACAGUCCUGUCCCUGCGAAUACACCCCUCCAACUUCUUAGUGAAGUCGCAACCGGUAAUUCCGGUGGUUCCCGUCCUGAUAAUCAAAAUCAAGCUCAAAACCAAAACCAAUACGCAGUUCAACAAAACGACUGGUCAGCACAACAACAGCAGCCAUAUUCUUCCACCUACGAGCCAUCCCUUAACCCCAUGAAUGCUCAAAUGCUUCAAGGCUACGGCGAUAUACCCGGAAAUAUCGAUCCUUCUUUAGGCAUGGAUCUAGGAUUUGCAAUGGGCGAUGGAUUCGAACAAGCAAUGGGUAUUACAUUUGGCGUUGGCGAUAUUGGGAACUAUUUCGGCGACGAUAUUUUUGGUCAGUUUAUGGGUGGUAAUGUUCCGGGGUUUGAAGGUGCAUUAUAG